AAACGGGACUUUGUGGGGGCAGGAAACGCAGUUGUCAGAGCUCUUUGCACGUGCAUCGGUCUGCUUGAGUCUGUACGGUUCUCACCUACCCAAUAUGAGAGGCUGAGCCUGCGCUCACAGCUGAAACUUGCAGCGAAAUCCAAGUGUGUCUUUUCGAAAUGGCGGAAACCGCUCCAGCAGCUCCCACGCCGGCUAAAGCGCCAAAGAAGAAACCGAGCUCGAAGCCCAAGAAGACCGGCCCUGGUGUGUCCGAUUUGAUCGUGAAGGCUGUAUCGGCUUCAAAGGAGCGUCACGGACUCUCUUUGGCUGGGCUCAAAAAGGCUCUUGCAGCAGGUGGCUACGAUGUGGAGAAGAACAACGCCCGCGUAAAACUGUCUGUAAAAAGCCUUGUGAGCAAAGGCGCUCUCGUGCAGACAAAAGGCACCGGCGCGGCUGGAUCCUUUAAAAUCAACAAGAAGCAGGCAGAGGCCAAGGAGAAAGCCGCAAAGAAAAAGGCGGUGCCGAAGAAGAAACCAGCGGCGAAAAAGCCGACUGCAGCCAAGAAAGUAAAGAAGCCAGCCGCUAAGAAACCCACAGCUGCCAAGAAGACUGUUAAGAAGCCUGUCGCAGCCAAGAAAGCCACCAAGAGUCCCAAAAAAGUGAAGCCCGCCGCAAAGCCUAAAAAGGCAACAAAGAGUCCUAAGAAGGCCAAAGCAUCAAAACCUAAAGCAGCCAAACCUAAAGCUGUGAAGAAGGCUGCACCGAAAAAGAAGUGAUCGGUUUAUACGUAACUUUAGCGACCAACGGCUCUUUUCAG